AACCAAAUGCCUCUCGUUUACAAGUGAAUAGAAUACCGCUAUGCUAAUGGAACAUAAAAUAAUAUUAACGGAGAGAAACUCUUUCACAAUCGAGUCACUGCAAUGAAAAAGCUAGGUGCUCCUAGCAGAUCUAGUGUAACCAAAAGUAGAAAUGACAUGGGUUACAAAAUUGACUUCUCUAACGACACGGUGCCAAGAAAUUGAAGCGAAAGAUGUUCCAAGAUGUCGAAUCCAUCGGACUAGGCCCUAGGGGAUCUUUUGUAAUUUUCAGAAAGUUAGAGGGCCAAAGCGAAAUUACAAAAAACAACUUGAUUAUUUUGGUUGGCGGCUGUUGGUUCUUGGCCGUUGCUCAUCCUCUACCUGAAGGCUAAAACUAUAGAGAGCAGAAGGGCAAUGGCAGCAGCUUUCUGUCGUUCUGUUUCUUGGGUUGUUAGUCCUCCGUGGUGGUGGUCGUCGCCGUCGUCAAGUUUGUCGUUGCAUUAUUCUGGUCAUCGUCCACUCCCCCUUGCACAUAGUUAUUCGACAUCAUAUACAAAGACGAGGAGGAGGAGCAAGAGGAGGAGCGAUUACUCAAGUCGAGGUGAAAGAAGAAAUGUAGUUAUCAAAUGCCUCUCAAAGGAGAGUGAGACGGAGGCGGAAUUUGAGUUGCAGCGGCGUCUCUUUUCCAACCUCAACCAAACCACAUUGAAGAGAGAACCUGGAAGUCUAGCCAGCGCUAUUUUGCUAGUCGCAGGGACAACGGUGGGUGCCGGCAUCCUUGCAAUUCCUGCAGUCACACUAGAAUCUGGAUUUCUGGCUUCUGCGCUUACAUGCAUCCUUUGUUGGUUAUACAUGGUUGCAACAGGACUGCUAAUAGCCCAAGUCAAUGUAAACACUAUGUGCGAAUUGGGUUCCGGCAGUGUAUCACUGGUAUCAAUGGCUAUGAGGACCAUGGGGAGUGUGGGAGUUCAAAUUGUUUGUUGGUCAUACAUUUUUAUACAUUACGCACUUCUUGUUGCCUAUGUAGCUCGUUCUUCAGAAAUUUUGACAAAUUUUCUCGGAAUUCCCUUAUGGGAAAGUGCAACCAUGUUUUCAGUUCUGUUGGGAGGCAUAUGCUACUUCGGAAGUCAACGCUUCAUUGGUGCGGUUAAUGGGGUUCUGGUAUCUGGAAUCAUCAUAUCUUUUGCUGCUCUUGUAGCAGUUGCAGGUGGAUACCUACAAUGGGAUGAGCUUUUGAAGGCCAACUUUCAAGCUGUUCCCAUGAGUAUACCCAUAAUCGUUCUGUCGUUUGUUUACCAGAAUGUAGUGCCUGUUCUUUGCACGGAUCUUGAAGGAGACCUGUCAAAAGUAAGGACUGCAAUUGUUAUAGGUACAAGUAUACCACUUCUUUUAUUUCUAGUCUGGAAUGCUGUGAUUCUAGGAACCAUCACAAAUGUCGACAUGAGCUCAGAUAAGAUCAUGGAUCCAUUACAACAGUUGCAAGCUACCAAUGAAGUUGUUGGACCUAUUGUUGAGGUGUUCUCCCUUUUUGCUAUUGCAACGUCGUACAUUGGAUUUGUUUUGGGCCUCUCUGAUUUCCUUGCCGACUUGUUCAUCUUCGGUUUUGAAUACCCAGUGCUGAAACUCCCGGGUGGCCAAAGCCGGUCUCUGCCAUACCUAAUGACAUUGGCUCCACCGGUUGUGCUGUCAUUGCUAGACCCAGAAAUAUUCUUCAAAGCCUUGGACUUUGCUGGAACUUAUGGAGUGCUGGUGCUGUUCGGAAUUGUUCCAGCUGUAAUGUCUUGGUCCGAUAGGUACUCGUCAAGUUCAUCAUCCGUUGGUAUGAAGUUGCCACAGUUGGUUCCAGGAGGAAGGCUUACUCUUUCACUUGUGGUUGGAGGUGCUGGAUGUGUCAUUUUCUCUGAAAUUCUUGAUAAGUUGGGCCACCCAUAAUUCGCGACUUGACUUUUUGAGUGAGUUUGUUUCAAGAUGGUCGACCUGUAGCCCUUUUCUUCUCCAUGUUCCAUGUCUUGUAAUUUGGCCCUCUUUUCAAUUCAAAAUUUUAUUUCACAACAACAAUAACAACAACAAGAAUCCGAGAAGUGGCCGCGGAAUUAGGAACCAAUUGUAACUUUGGUCCAUGACUUAAAAAUUUAUAAUGUUUAGUCCCUAGUGAACUUGAUUAAAUAUGAAGUGUUCUGUUAAA